CAGAAGUGUCAGAGGAUGAGAAAGCUGUUUGCGUUUUAAUGUCAUUUACGUUUCUGUUAAUUCAUUGAAUUAAUAUUAUUUUAAAGUGGGCCCUAUAAACGUUAUUAACAAUAAACAAAUAAAAGAACAUGGCUUCAGUACUUGUUCCAGAAGUGCCAGCACCAGGAUUUUCUUUUGAAAAUUGUCAGAGAAAUGCAUUCCUCGACCAAAAAGGCUUUCCUGCACCGAAAGCGACAAAAACCGGCACAACUAUCGUCGGUAUUAUUUAUGCUGAUGGAGUGAUUCUCGGCGCCGAUACUCGUGCCACUGAAAACACUGUUGUAUCAGAUAAAAACUGCCAGAAAAUCCACUAUCUAGCUAGCAAUAUGUACUGCUGCGGUGCCGGUACUGCUGCGGACACCGAAAUGACUACUCAGACAGUGGCUUCUCAGUUAGAGCUUCAGCGCCUUCACACAGGGCGGGUGGUGCCAGUUGAGACCGCGUCAACUCUCUUGAAACGCAUGCUAUUCCGUUAUCAAGGUCACAUUGGGGCUGCUCUGGUGUUGGGUGGUGUGGACCGCACUGGACCCCAUAUCUAUUGUAUUUACCCUCAUGGAUCUGUAGACAAACUACCAUAUGCAACUAUGGGUUCUGGAUCAUUGGCAGCUAUGGCUGUUUUUGAGUCACGUUGGAAGCCAAACAUGUCGGAAGAAGAAGGCAAGAAGCUUGUUAGAGAUGCCAUAGCAGCUGGUAUCUUCAAUGACUUGGGCUCAGGUUCCAAUGUUGACUUAUGUGUAAUCCGCAAUACUGGCCCUGCCCAAUACUUAAGAACAUAUGAGGAAGCUAAUGUGAAGGGUAAGAAGCAAGGUUCAUACAGAUACGCUCCAGGAACCACAGCUGUAUUGAAGCAGAGGGUCAUCCCUCUGGAGGUGGAGUCAGUGUCGGUUCGUCCAGUACAACCCAUGGAAGUCGAACCUUCUCCGAGUCGCCGUUAAAAUUUCAUUUAAAUAAAGCAUUUUUUAAACAUA